AUGUCGCUCUUCUUACGAACCCUGCUGGAACGCCCAGAUCUGAGGUCUCUUGUGCUACACAUUGAGUGCCAAUUUUUUCUAAGGCUACAAGGCGCUCUUUCACCCGAGACACCCUCGGGUGUCUUGAAAAAUUUGCGUGAGAAAUCCGUCAACAUAUAUGAGCAAGCGAUCCAGGGAGCAAGAUCGCUAUCAGACUUGAACGCAGCUGUCCUGGACUUUGUUGCACACUCUGGCGAAGAACCACCGAGUGACCUGGGCGAACGCUGUCUUGCUGCGAUCCUUUGUCUUGUACCCAAUAUCCAGUCUCUGGCUUUCCCUCCUCUUCCUCGCCCUGAAUGGUGUGUCACGGGAUGGGUUGACGACGCCGGCGGCGAGGUGAACGACGAUGAUUCUGACUGGAGUGAUGAAGAUGUAAUAAAUGACGAGUACCAGACACUCAAUUCUUUGCUUGGACUACUCCGCGAAUAUGACGGUGUUUCUCACAAGGUAUUACACAGGCUGACGCAUGUGCGAUUCACCUACUGCCCUACCUAUAUACCCGAUAACUACUCCAAGAUGAGACAAGGGCUCCUACCAUCAGCAGUCGAAUGGCCUCAUUACACAUUCCGAAUCUCUGCAUGCGUUAAUCUUCUUAGGUGCCCGAAUCUGAUGGAGGUCGUGGUUGACUCUCUCGGGACGCUGAAAGAUUUCCAUGGAAUUCUUCCCUCUGUCGCUUCUAAACCAGGCUACAAUUUCCAAAGACUUCACCUCAUCACCUCGUCGAGCACUGAGCUAGCACUUGGCAAGAUCAGCAACAUGCUAAGUCUAUCUAAGCUUACGGUACACUGCCCUGACCAAGCACCAAGUACCAAAGACCGAGAUAAGAGAGCAGUUUCGGGACGUUCAGGCGGCUAUACCGGCCCACCGCUCUGGGACUCAGCGUUGACAAAGCUAGGGGAGAGCCUCGUUGCUCUUGACUUGCACAACUUCUGCACCUCCCGAAACAUGGAGCAUUUUCAUCUAACCUGCCUCAAGUCCAUGGCGAAACUGGAGCAUCUUUCGAUCUGCCUCUCACUCGUUAGCCCCAUCGAGAAAUUCCAAUCGCGUCCGCUCCAUGCCGUUCUGCCCACCUCGCUUAAAUCGCUGCAGCUGUAUGACUGGACCUGGGGCCCGACCAAUGCGAUGAUCGACCAGCUUGGUAAAUUGGACCUGUUUACUCCUCGUGAGCUUUCAAGCUUUGUAUCUGGCGAGGACCUUUUGCUCCUGUAUAAGAGAGCGUUGGCGGAUGUUCUGCGCACAUUCAGCUUGGCUUGUAAAUCGUCGCACCCAAGCCUACAGUCUCUCCGGGUAUUCGCCUUUAACCCCGAGCCUAAACCAUCUUUGUUUGAGGACCCGACGCCCAUGGAUGGGGUCGUUUCCGACCACGAGGAGAUAGAAUGCCUUUUUGAGGCCAACGGGGUCAACUUUCAGGGACAUGUACUAGGAAGCUUUAAAUUAUCCCCAUUCCGAGACGCGUGCGCAAUAGCUACUAUCUAG